AUGGACAGCAAGCGCAAGGCCGACUCUGGGAGCGGCACCAACUCUGGCGACCGCUCCUCAAAGCGUCGCAAGGUUUCGGUACGAUUAUUCCCGCCAUCAUUAGCGCUCAUCUCAAUGCAGAUCAAGUUACUCGGAUGGACAACCUCUGUCACGUCUCUGCUUGUCGCUGCGCGCAAUGCGCCCUCCCUGUCGCGCAAAGAUUUUGAUCUUAUGAAGGGCGAGACCAAAGAAUCAACUACCGCAUAUGGACUUGCAUUUCUUGAGCAGAUUCGCCGCACCUCUGAUAAAAGUGGCCGAUUAAUUGCAACCUACUUUGAGAAGCUAAUUCCCCGACAAAGCAAUGCCGACUACUACAAGAAGACACGGAUGCCAAUUUCACUCGGAAUCAUCGAAGAAAAGCUCGAAAAGGGCGACUUCAAAAACUUGGCCGAACUCGAGAGCUAUUUUAAGCGCAUGAUUGUAAACGCCAAAGAGUUUUAUCCGCGAUCAUCAUCCGUUUUUGACGAUGCAGAGCGUUUUCGCAAGGCGCUCAGCAACUACAUGACGAAAAAUAAUCCAGCUUAUGCAAAGAGGGGCUACCAGGCUGUCGCUACGCCGUUGCCUCAAGAGGAUGCUGAGGGUGAAGGUGAGGGUGAUGAAGACCAGGAGAACGAGGGCGAUGAAGAUGGAGGCGGCGAAAAAGAAGAGGAAGAGGAAGAGGCGAAAGAAGAAGUAGAGGAGGAGCAAGCGGAAGAAGACGAGCCGGAGGAGCAAGAGCCAGAAGGUCCGCGCCGCAAGUCCAUCAUUCUCAAGAGAAGAGAAGAACCUGCUUCCUCGCGUUCUCGACCACGUCGAUCCUCUGCCUACCAGGCAAGCCCGAAGCCUGUUACGCCAGCAAAGCCUGACGGCCACCAAUAUGAGGGCGUUCCCUACAAGGGACUCACAUUCCAGGAAGCACAAGAAAAGAUUGUGGAGGAGAUGCUUAGGCACCGCGAGCCUGAAUACGAGGAGGUCUACUUUGAGCCUUUUGUCAAUUUACCACCUCGGGCACUGAAAGACUACUACAGAAUAGUUACUGACCCCCUGUCUUUAAAAAAGCUUCAGAAAAUUGUCAAAGGUAUUCAGGGUCGCGGUGAGCUGACCGGGAUCAGCGAAUUCAAGUCGUGGGCCGCUUUUGAGGAAAGGUCCAAACUGCUUUGGACAAACGCCUAUUUCUACAAUGAAGAAGGCAGCGAGAUUUAUUCUCUUGGACAGGAGCUAGAGACAUUUUUUAAGGCACAGUUGAGAAAGGCCAAGGCCGCUGUUUCAGAGCCCGCACAAUCAAAGAUCAAGCUCCGGGUGGGCGGCCAUGGUGGCAGUGACACCCCAUCAAAUAAGAAAAUCACAAUCCAUGUUGGUGGUCGAGGCAAUGCAGAGUCGCCAGCCCCCCCAGUCGCUGCCACCGGCACUGAGACGCCCCCAACGAACGGCGAGGUUGUCAAUGGCGCCGUAACUCCUGUUGCACAGGUCGACGAUGUAGCACCUGCCAAUGUUCCCACACCAGGGGAGCUCCCACCAGGCGCUCCGCGACCACCGGGACUGUCCGAAACGCCCGUCCCCGUGCCCCCUCCUGCGCCCCCGAAUCCCGCCCAAAACAACGAGACAAGACGGUCUCGCGGCCCCGGUAAAGGUGAGGGUCCCUACUUUGAAAAAGUUGCGCCAAUCACGUAUGCUAAUCCACAGGCGAUAGGCGUCAGCGAUGCGCUCCUCUCCCGGCUCUCCAUCCAGGCCCAUCCGAUGCUGCAGCUCGCCCAGCCCAAAAUGGGCUCCCUCUAUCCGGACCCCAAGUACCUGCAACAGUCGGGCGUGAUCAACGUGCCGCAGCACUGCAACCGCGUCUUCGUCAUCACCAUGCUGCCCGACUUCCUGCACGAGCGCCACUACAGCCUCUGGACGCUCAUCAACCGGCAGCCGGUGAAGCCGUACCCGCAGAUGAUUCCCGGCCAGCUGCCGCAGGAGCUCGCCUUUGAGGUCGGCCUGCACCCUGGCGUCAACGUCGUUGAGGCCCACCUGAUUGCGGCCAUUCCCAGUGAGCAGCGAGAGGUGGGCGGUCCCGAGUCCGAGUUGGAAAUCUUUACGGCAUACGUCAACGUGACGAAGAAUUAA